CAUGUUUAUUCGUAAAGUAUGUCAAAACCGGAAGUACUUUAAUGUUUCGCCACCCAAACGAGGGGCAAGCAAGCGGAAGCACAACAUCUUCCCCCAUCCGGUUGAUGGCGAUCAACUUUUGCUUUACUAACCGUCAGAGACAGGAGAAGAAGAAGCAAGGUUGACUUUGGUAACUGCUUGACACUAUGCUGACUUAAGGGUAACAUCAGCCAACAUGAGCACCGGGCAUGACCGCGGUACAGUCAGCCUCAGUGAUGCCAAGCCGGACUCUGCCUCGUCAUUCCCCGGGCACAUCAUGCAGGUUUUCAGGCAAAUGAAGAUAGAAAACCUGGUUGCUGGUCUCAGUGGAGGAGUUGUGUCAACUAUGGUUGUUCACCCUCUCGACCUGGUCAAAAUCAGGUUUGCAGUGAGUGAUGGUUUGGAAUUACGGCCCAAAUAUAACGGAAUACUGCACUGUAUGAAGUGUGUAUGGCAGCAGGAAGGACUGAGGGGACUCUACCAAGGAGUAACCCCCAAUGUGUGGGGCGCCGGAGCAUCCUGGGGCCUCUAUUUCUUUUUCUACGAAGCAAUCAAAGCAUACGUAAAAGACGGACGUCAGACAGAACUGAGUGCUGCUCAACACCUGGUGUCUGCAGCCCAAGCAGGCAUCCUUACACUCACCAUAACCAACCCUAUCUGGGUCACCAAGACCAGGCUUGUGCUGCAGUACAGUUCUGACCCAACUAAUAAACAAUACAAGGGGAUGCUGGAUGCACUGAUCAAGAUCUACCGCACGGAGGGUGUGUCAGGACUCUACAAGGGUUACGUUCCUGGUCUCUUUGGAACGUCCCACGGUGCCCUGCAGUUCAUGGCCUAUGAGCAGCUCAAGAGACGCUACAAAAAAUACAAGAAGGUUCCUGCAGAUGCAAAGCUGAACGCAUUGGAAAACAUCACGACAGCAGCACUAUCCAAAAUAUUUGCCGUGGCCACGACGUACCCAUAUCAGGUGGUGCGAGCUCGACUGCAAGACCAGCACAAUACAUACAACGGUGUAGUCGAUGUCAUCACACGGACAUGGAGGAACGAAGGUGCCACCGGGUUCUACAAAGGCAUCAUCCCAAACGUGAUUCGUGUCACUCCAGCAUGCUGCAUCACUUUUUUAGUGUAUGAAAAUGUCUCUCGCUUGCUUCUGGGUACAAGUUAACAAUGUUUACAAGUAAAAAGGAACAUUCACUCAAAAUAUAUGAAAUGGGAUUGUGGAGCCACUGAAUGGGGCGAGUCCUGAUGCCUGGAAGGAUGAAUGCUGCUGUAAAAUCAGGUUUUUUACAAUAUUAAUAUGUACAUGUUUCAAAGGAACUUUCAUAAAAUGUUUGUACAGUGAAGCUAACAUUUUGUUUAUUCUGUCUGAAAAGAUUGAGCAACAGUAGCAGAAAGCUUACAUUAGAUCAUAAAUAUCAAAUUCAAGGCUCAGAUUUGGAAAAUAAAGACAUUUUUGUAGCCAUUUUUUUUACUUUUUUUUUUUCCAAUUAUGGUUGUGGAAAAUGUUUCAAAAUCUUGCUUGUUCUAAAUCCAAAAUCCUUUAAAAUUGCAUGAAAUAUUGAAUUUCUUCAAUAUUGUUUAUAUAAUACUGUUUAU